AAACGGAAACAUCGUUUGAUGAAAACGGAUCGAACGCGAGGGUUUUGAGCAUUUGGUGAGAUGUCGAGCAAAACCCUAGUUCGGGCUGGAGCUUCUUUGUUCUCGCGUCUCCUCCAAACCAAUCCUCUUCAAGGCUUGAACCCUAGAAUCCCAUGCGAUUCUUCUGUUCGAUCGGCUCUUUUGAAAUCUCUAGUUCAGUCCCCUUCGCUCGGUGGCGGAGUUGGAGAUCUCGAGAGCAUAAAGAGAGUGGCUUCACCUGAGGGGCUUUCCUUCCCUUGUGGCCUUCCUUCUCUUCGCUUCUUUAUCGAAGAUGGAGAUAGCUUUACAAAUGAGCCAAUUUGCCUACUUCCUAAAAGAACAUACCAGCCUAGCCACAUCAGGCGGAAGAGGACUCAUGGUUAUCUAGCACGCAAGGCCACAAAGGGAGGCCGGAAGGUGAUCGCUAGGAGAAUCGCCAAAGGCAGAGCAAGAAUUGCCGUAUAACACCAUUUCGAAUUCCUCCAGCUCUGCAACAUUAGACGAUUUAAACACAUAAAAUCGAAGCAUUCAUUCGGACACCCUAAAAUCUUACCGUCUUGAUGUUUUUGUGUUUUGAACUUAUAAAUCAGCUCAAUGUUUCUUUGCCGUCUUUGGUGAUCAUCAUUUUGUGUUUUUCAAAUUAUGAGAUAUUCAAAUCAAGUUUCCUUCAAUGGAAUAAUAUAAUAAAUACUUCAGGGUAGUUCAUGCUAA